AUGGAUAUACCGCUUUACAUUAUGGAUGCUUUUACUACUUUACCUUUUAAAGGUAAUCCGGCAGCUGUAUGCCUUAUAAAAGCGCCAUUGUCAGAGGAGUUAUACCAAAAAAUCGCAGCAGAGAUGAACUUGCCUGAAACAGCCUUUGUCAUUUGCAAAGAUACAUCUGACGACUUUGUCACAGCGUCGCGUUUUUCUUUGCGUUGGUUCACUCCGACAAAUGAGGUAAGCCUGUGUGGACAUGCCACCCUUGCUUCAUCAGCUGUACUCUUUUAUCACAAAAGUAACAUCAACGAGAUGAUAGUAUUCGAAACGAUGAGUGGAGAGCUGUGCAACCACCUGCGUGGAGACCGCAUAGUCAUGGACUUCCCCAUAUAUUCAACUGCGCCCCAGGAACCACAGGAGAUUUCAGAACUAAUUAAAGCUGUUGUGGGAGACCUACCACUGGACGAUGUGCAAUACAGUGAAAGCAGUAAGACACUCAUACUCAGACUGGCGGACAAACUUGAAAUAUCAUCUUUGGCCUCACUAAAACCGGACCCAGAGGAGAUGCUGAGGUGUGAACGCACUGGCAGGAUAAGAGGGGUGUCGGUGACUAUUAGAGGAACGCCUGACGUCCCUCCGGGAUACGACUUCUAUUCCAGGUUCUUUACACCGUGGAAUGGCAUCGCGGAGGACCCAGUAACUGGAUCAGCUCAUUCCAUCCUUGCAAAAUAUUGGUCAGACAGACUGGAGAAACAGCGGUUAAUUGCCUACCAGAGCUCUGCCAGAGGAGGAGAGAUGGAGUUGGAGGUGAAGGACCACCGUUUGAUGAUUGCCGGCCGUGCCGUGUUCAUCCUCGAGGGCAUGAUGUCCCUCUAGGCCUUUGGACACCGACUGAUGAGGCAUUGAGAUACCAGGCCUGUUGUUCCUGUUGGUGACCGCAUCGACGCAGGACAUCACACUGAAUGACGCUUUUAGUUCAUGAAAGUCCUUGUGCACAGGCCUUCAGUACUACAGGGGCAGGUGUAAGGCAGGAAAGCAUGAUCAAUGAUGAACAUUUAGAAAACACAUCUCACUGAAUACUGUACUAUUUUCUUUGUUUAUUUCUUAGAGCGAGGUGUCUUCUGAACUUUCAUCAUUGACGCUUUUAGUUCAUUGACGUUUUUUGUUAGCCUGCUGUUUCUUUCAGCUGUUUUGUGGUCACUGUUUUAAUCUAUAUGAAGUGAUGGCCCACUUGGAAUACUCCCAUCGUCAUUGUGACGGUACCAUGCUCAGGGUACCUCAGUCAUGGAGGAGGAUGGAGGAGAACACUGGUUAGUCAGUGCCCCUACCAACCUGGUGGGUCGGAAGUCACACCGAUAACUUUCAGGCUACAAUUCUGACACGCCAACUGCUUACCCAUGACUGCCCAUAUUCUAUAUUAUUCCAAAUAUGUCAGUAUCAGUACAGUAGUCUGUAUUGUUUUACCAGAAAACCUAUGUGACACUUUCAAUAUCUCCCAUUUCCCACUAAGCAAGGGGGGGUGUUAUAAGUGGUCUGGAAAAGGUCGGUCUUGAGAUGAUGUUUGAAAGAUGACAGUGAGUCAGACUCACGGAUGACCUGGGGAAGGGUGUUCCAGAGGGUGGGGGCAGCGAUGGAAAAGGCUCUGUCCCCAAGGGUGCGGUAUUUGGUGUUGAUGGUGGGGAUGAGGAGCGUAGAUGGGAAGGAGGAGAGUGGCGGUGUAGGAGAUCAGUGAAAUACCAGGUGUCAAGGUUAUUUAGGGCUUUGUAAGUGAUGAAGAGAAUCUUGAAAUGUAUACGCUGUGGGAGAAGCUUAUGGGAAGCCGGUGAAGUUGACAGAGGAUGGGGGUGAUGUGUUUUCUGGAGGGGGAACGGGUAAGCAGCCAGGCUAGCAGCCGGACGGGUAAGCAGCCGGGCACAGUGUUUGACAUAUUGCAGUUUUUGAAGAAUAUUUGAGGGGAGGCCAUUGCAGUAGUCUAGUCUGGAAGUGAUAGGGGUAGAUUUGUCCAAGGGAAGCAUUUACAUGCUUUUGCAAUUCACAUAUUACUUUAAUACCUUUAUAAAAACGUUGCAUUUCAAGUACCAUUUUACAUCGAAUAAAAUGUUUACUGUUAUGCCAUGUUUUAAGGUUUCUCCAUUACAAACUGAAAGACACUGAUGGACAUUCAUGUUAAGAUCUAAAAUUAUUUAUGGCAAAAAUGUCCAUGGCCUGGCAAAAGUGCCAUUCAUCCCAUGAUGAUUUGUGAUGUCGCGCUCAGUUUUGUUUUUAUUUUUUGGUACGUCAUUCAUGUUUUGUUGUUUUUGUUCUUUGAACACAGUGGUUUUAUGUGCGACUGGCGCAUGAUUCAUCUUGAGCACUAAUAAAAUAUACAUCUAUGUUUGAAAUUGUUUGACAGCACAGUGUCAUUUGUGAUUAACAAAUACAGUAUAUUUUCUUUCA